CAAGACAGCGUGCGCGCGCGCGGUGCGCGCGCGACGCGCGUGCCCCCCCCCCCCUGGCGCGGCGCGGCGCUCCCUGGGGCGCCGGGCGCCGCGCGAUGGAGGGGCUUCCGGCCGGGGGCGCCGCAGCCAGGAGGCCGACCUCGCGGUGGCGGCGGAAGCCAGCGCGUGACGCUGCCCACGGUCUGAGAUCGGGCGCGCUCGCGCUGGCCUCCGCGCUCUGUGCUGGGCGCUGCCUGCUCGCCGGCGCGCCGGCCGCCCCGGCGGGCCGGGGCCGCCCGAGCGGCUCGCGCGGCGUGCUCCGGCUGGCGGCGGAGGGCGAGGCAGAGUUCAAGCCAGUCGUUUUCGACGACUCAUACGACUCCUACGCCAACAGAGAUGAGAGAUUGCGCAUUCCAGAUUAUGCGGUCUGGAUCUUACCGAGGAAGAAGGCUGCUCAGCAACUCUUGGCCUGGGCAGAAGAAGAAGGUGUCACAGAAGAGCAGUCCGACUAUUUGAGGGACUUGGCCGAAAAGGAGGUGCCCAAGGACUGGGGCGUCUGGGCUCUCGCAGACUCUAGAGGUCUGGAAACCGGAGGCGGCUUCUACAUGCUACCUCCGAGGUCGCCGCAGGUUAUCGUGCAGAUAGACGCCGUAGAUCAGGACCAGAACUUCAUAGAGUUUAUCGCGUUCAGCCCCGCCCAGCUGGGACCAACGCCGAAGGAACUCUUCCAGGGCUGGAUCGAGUCGUUCGCGCCGAAGAGGCAGGUCAUCCGGCGGCCCGAGCAGCUGAGCCUCUGGGAGCUAGAGGUGAAAGGGGAUAGGGGCUCCAUGGCGCAGAUCAGCAAGGGCGUGUAGUGACCCCGCUGUGCCCGCUCUUCCAAUGCAAUGCGGCAGACCACUGCCAUAUUGCUGUUUUUUGCCAUGCUGGCCCGAGGAGUAGAUACACAUUUGGUUACGGGAACCCUCGCUCCCGCCCCCAUUGCGGCGCAAUCAAUUGCAGUAUUUCGCCUCGGCUAUCGAGCGGUUGCCUGCCCUGCCUUUGCGUGAUUAGCUGCUGUCGUAGGCGUUGCAUGCAUGGCAGUGUUGUGCGCUGACGGGGCUGAGCGCUCGCGAAAAGUGUCGUACA